AUGGCAGAAAAGGUUUGGUCCAUACACAAGGAGUUUGCGUGUUUGAGGCCGAGGAUGGCCUACGGUGCGUGUUAUCUGAAGGGAACACGCUUUGAUUGCCGGGCCCUCUCCUCGUUCCGCCCGCGGAGUAAAAAAACUUACGGUAACAAAUCAUUUUCCCUGCCGGAAAACUGGACAUAUUCUUCUUUUAUGCAAUUUGCGGGACAGAUCGAUCCUAAAAUGCAGCAGUAG